CAACAUCCCGCCAUUCCGGAUUUCCAUUCACACACGCCGACUUCCACGGCGUCCAGCAACAACCAACCAGCCAUGGAUACGUCCGUCAAGCCCCGCCGCUCGCACCGGAAGUCUCGCAACGGCUGCUGCGUGUGCAAGAGCCGGCAUAUGAAGUGCGAUGAAACUCGCCCGGCCUGCCUCAAUUGCUCCGUCGGUGGCCGCCAGUGCGAGUACAAGCUUAAUCCUCCAUCGAGAUCAAAGUCGCCAAAGUCGAACGCCUUACCUGCUCCCAGUCCAGCUAGCUGUACUUCUAUCCCAUCAUCUGCCGCCACACCGUUAUCCACACAUUCCCAUGGCCAACCACCCGUGGAGGCCAUCGACCAGGGACACACCCUUGUCCCUGAGAGCGCAAGCCUCUUCACUCUUGAGCACUUGGCUCUCUUCCAUCACGCGCAGAAUCACAUGUCCUCCGCCAUGAUGACCGGUCCCUCUGCAGACCCCGUCCUCCCGACAGUCAUCGAAUAUGCACUGAAAGCCCCAUAUCUGAUGAAUGAAGCACUCGCUAUCGCAGCUCUGCACUUGGGCGAUUGUCACCCAGGGCGAUCAGACUACUACCAACAUGCCGCAGCCUUGCAGAUGCGUGCCCUGUCAUCGUUCAAUGAGGCCAAGCAAGAAGUGUCGGACAUCACUUGCGUUCCCAUGUUCCUGUUCGCAUCUUUGCUCGGACUCCACGUGCUUCACGACACCCUCCGGAACCGACCCGACAAUUUUAGCAUUUUCCUCGAUGAGUUUAUGGGUUACCUUUCCCUUCAUCGUGGUGUGAGCGCUGUGACAAACCAGUCGUGGAGUGCGAUCAAAGCGUCAAAACUGGCCCCGAAACUCACAGAAAUCGAAAACGCCUUCAAAGUCGAAAAUGAGGAAGGUGUCAAAGAAUUAGGGGUCCUCUACGCAAUGGUUGACGAGUCGCAUUUGAAUGAUUCGUCAGUCGAAACAUAUCACGCCGCCAUAGAGACAUUGCGAGGCACUUUCAAUCUAUAUCAAAAAUUCAAAGUAAAGGGUAGUCAACAGCAUGAUGGUCCACUUGCAUUUGGCAUCGCCGUCAACGAGAAAUAUGUCGACUUUCUCAAACAACGGCGACCCGAGGCACUAGUAAUCCUAGCAUUUUACGCGGUGAUGCUCCAUUGGAGCCGGGACUUUUGGGUAUUCAGGGACGGGGGACAGUAUUUGAUUCGGGCCAUUACUGGCUAUCUUGGAUCCCACUGGGAGCGUUGGCUGGCGUGGCCGAAUUCAGUCCUGGACUGCGGAACUCCCCCACACGACCCGCGGAUGGACAUUGACUAUAAUGAAGGGGGUUAAGUUGUUGCCUUUAAUUUAAUAUUACAAACUCAUAAGUAAAAGAAAAGUCUCUAUUUUGGAGGCGUCCAGCUAUGCCUCGGCCAGCAUGCACAUCCCGGCGCCAAACCCCUCGGUCCAUUAAAUCGGAAUAGCCCCUCUCGCCUUCAGCUCACUGGGGAACCUCCAAGCAAACAGUACGGCGACAGCGAACAUCAAGAGCGAAUCAAAG